CAUUAGGGAUUUAAUUUUUGUGUAUUUGAGUUAUUUGGGUUGGGUCUCGGGUGGAGAAUUGUUAUUUUUCCAAAGAGAGUUUAUUCCAAUGGACGUGAAGGAAAACGGUGGUGCGGACGGUGGGGGGGAGGACACGGGUGGGAGUGACGUCCCGGAGAUUGAGCUGAUCAUCAAGGCCUCCACGAUCGACGGUCGUCGAAAAGGGGCGUGUUUAUUUUGCCAAGAGUAUUUUAUGGACCUUUACCUCCUCGCAGAGCUGAAAACCAUUUCACUCAAAGUGACGACGGUGGACAUGCAGAAACCGCCUCCAGACUUCCGUUCUAAUUUCGAAGCGACGCCACCCCCGAUUUUGAUCGACGGUGGGCUCGCAGUGCUCGAAAAUGAGAAGAUUGAAAGGCACAUAAUGAAGAACAUUCCAGGCGGCCACAAUUUAUUCGUUCAGGACAAGGAGGUUGCCACGCUGAUUGAAAAUGUUUAUUCCAAAUUCAAGUUGAUGCUCCUAAAAAAGGACCCCCCCUCGAUUUCCACCCUGAUCGCGCACUUGACCAAGAUAGACACGCAUUUGGGUCAGAAAUCGACCCGAUUCCUCACGGGCGACACGUUGUGCUGUUUCGACUGCGAGUUGAUGCCGAGGCUGCAGCACAUCCGCGUCGCGGGGUCGUUCUUCGUCAACGGGUUCAGUAUUCCGGAGGGGCUGGGCAACUUGUGGAAAUACAUGGGAGCGAUGUACGAGUUGGACGCGUUCAGCCAGAGCGUCCCCGCCGAUCAGGACAUUCUGAACCAUUACAAGUUGCAGCAGGGCGUCAAAGUCGCGAAGCACGAGGAGUUGGAGACCCCAACGUACACGACGUCCAUUCCGAAUUAAUAAAACCAAAUAAACCAUCCAAUAUAACAAAAACUUUAUUAAAUAAAUAUAUUUUUCUUUAACUAAUGACACACUCUGAUGAUGCUGUCCCCACUCCACCCUUGUUGACUCCCUUGUUCUUCCCCUGUUUCUUAUUGUCAAUAAAUUUAGGCUGUUGAAUUGGAUUGAAAAUAAAUUCUUGUUCACUUUCA